AAACUCUCAGGAUGCUGGAAUCUAAUCCACGGGGAGGUGCGUCCUGGUCCUCGAUAAACGUUUGACUUGGAGUGCUCUGGAUGCCACAUAUUGUGAAGGCUCCCUAUGUGUAGAUGUGGCUAACUUCAGGACUUCCCCGAAAUAUAUUAGAGAGGAUUUCUGGGCGAGAAGGAAUGUGUUGCAUGUUUCAGGAGUUAGUGACGUUCAAGAAUGUGGCUGUGGAAUUCACCCAGGAGGAGUGGAGGCAUCUGGACCCUGCUCAGAAGAGCUUGUUCAGGGCAGUGAUGCUGGAGAACUACAGCAACCUGACCUCCCUGGGACAAAUAAUUACCAAAUCAGAUCUCAUCUUCCUUUUGGAGAGAGGACAAGCACCAUGGACCAAAUGGAGCCGGGUCGCAGGAGGCAGCAGUUCAAACAGCCUUAUUCUGGAGAGUAAGCGUGAAACAACCAAGGACAUUCAAAUAUGGGGCAUUUCUGUGGAAGAGUCAUCCAAGGAAAGACUCAAGGAGGAUGGUCCCUGGGAUUUCAAGUUGAAAAAAACCUGGGAAUCUGAUGUUAGUUUAGAGCAACAGAAGGGCAACUACAAAAGCUUCUCAAAGGAGAUUACAGUCACGGACAGAAAAACUACAUUUAAUACAAACGAAUGGGAUCUGUUUAGAAAAGGCUUCAGUGAAGAGUUACUUGCAAUUAAAAAAACGAGAGAUCAUGCAGAAAAAAGUCCAAGUAAAUGUGAUACACACAAAACAAACUUCAAGCAGUGGUCAGAUGAAAGGAAAUUUAAUGGGAAUCUUUUCUAAGAUGAAGUUUUGUAGAGAUAACUACGGGAAGACAUUCAGUUAUCAUCCAGAAUGUGCUGAACUUCACAGGGAAUGUACUGAAGGAAAAACUUAUGAGUG